CUCUUCCGCAUAUAUUUAAAUCACAGUUGCACUUCUCGUCCGAUCGGGACUCGAUCGGAACUAAUGUAACCUUUGUCCUGUAUGAUCGCUAUCACCGCGAGAGGAUAGGGCGACAACAUGAACCGAUUCUGGGUGAUUUCUCUCAUAGUCGCUCACUUCAGCAGAAUAAGAAGCGACCCUUAUUUAGUUUCAAUACCAUUUCAAACAAAAAGGAUUUGACACAUGCAGUCAUUUCAGCACACAACUUCCGGCUGGAGCAAUGCUGAACAGUAACAAUUAGAGAUGUUUGAUGAAUACCAGCGCAAGUCAACACAUGUGAGGCUUGAGAGGAGAGUGCACGUUUGAUGAAGAAUCUGGUCCGUGUGAAUAUGUCCAAGGCUCUAAUGAUGACUUUGACUGGCAACUCAUUGGGAUUCAUGAUCCAUCUCAACAGACGCCUGAUCUCCUUCGAGGCUCCUACAUGAUGGUGAACUCUUCGCAGCAUAAUCCAGGCCAGAAAGCUCACUUCAUCCUCCCGUCUUUGAGUGAAAAUGAUACUCACUGCAUCCAAUUCAGCUACUUCCUCUACAGCAGAGAUGGGGGUAGCCCCGGGUCACUCCACGUCUUCAUCAGGGUCAACAAUGGGCCAGUUGGUGACUCAGUUUGGAAUGUGUCAGGAUCUCAUGGGCAGCAGUGGCUCCAGGCCGAACUCGCCGUCAGUACCUUCUGGCCAAACGAGUAUCAGGUCAUGUUUGAAGCAGUGGUCUCGACAGAACAAAGAGGCUACAUCGGAAUCGAUGAUGUCCUGAUCUUAAAUUACCCCUGCGAUAAAACUCCGCACUUUCUGCGGCUUGGAGAUGUGGAGACGAAUUCUGGGCAGAAUGCAACAUUCCAGUGUGUGGCAGCUGGGCGAAUGGCCGACACGCAGAGACUCUUGCUGCAGAGGCAGCACAGAGGUACCAUCCCAGUAGCCCUGCUAAAAUGCACCAGCCCCAAGCGUAUCCUGGCAACAUUUCAGCUACAUGAGGUGACGAAGAAAGACCAGGAUCUGUAUCGAUGUGUGAGUCGAUCUGUGAAAGGAUCCGGAGUAUCUAACUUUGCUGAGCUGAUCAUCAAAGAACCUCCCAUCCCAGCUGCCCCACCCCAGUUGAUCCGCGCUGGCUCGACAUACCUGAUGGUGCACCUAAAUACCAACUCCAUAUUUGGGGAUGGCCCCGUUAUUCGGAAAGAGAUUGAAUACAAGGUGACCUUAGGAUCCUGGUCAGAAGUACAGGCUGUCAACAGCCUGAACUAUAAGCUGUGGCACCUAGACCCAGACACUGAGUACCAGAUCAGUGUCUUACUGACCCGGCCUGGUGAGGGAGGGACAGGGAUACCAGGACCCCGACUCAUCAGCAAGACUAAAUGUGCAGAACCAAUGCGGGCACCCAAGGACCUCACCUUCUCCGAGAUCAAGCCGAGACAGAUCACCCUACAGUGGGAACCACUGGGAUACAACAUCACUCGCUGCCACACUUACUCUAUCAUUGUCUGCUACCACUACACCUUCGGAGUUGGCCACAACCAGACUUUCAGAGAGUGCAGGCGAACUGAAUCAGAGGUCUCUUGGCUCACCAUUAAGAAUCUCCUGCCUUACAAAAACAUCUAUGUCAAGCUGAUUCUAACCAACCCUGAAGGAAAAAGAGAAAGCAAAGAACAUAUCUUUCAGACAGAUGAAGACGUACCUGGUGGAAUUCCAGCAGAGUCCAUCAGUGGAACACCCCUGGAGGAUAUGAUAUUCUUGAAAUGGAAUGAACCACUGGAGCCUAAUGGUGUCAUCAUACAGUAUGAGAUUAGCUACCAAUGCAUUGAGUCUUCCGAUCCGGCAGUGAUUGUGCCUGGCCUACAGAAAACUCUGUCGAAACCCUGGAAUGAGACCCACCACAUGUUUUCAAAUUUGGAACCGGGCACCACUUAUCGCUUCUCAGUCAGGGCAUCCACUAGCAAAGGAUUUGGCCAGACAGUACUUACUGAGGUCACCACAAACAUUACAGCUCCCUCCUUCGAUUACAGCAACAUGCCUCCUCCGCUGGGUGAAACGGACACCACCAUCACUGUGGAGCUGAAGCCGGCACAAGGCCGAGGUGCUCCAGUCAGUGUUUACCAGGUUGUUGUGGAAGAGGACAAGAAACAUAAAGUGAAGCGAGAAACCAGAACACACAAGUGCUUUCCUUUCCCCAUUGGACACGAGGAGGCUGCGGUUGAAGGUGUGCCACACUACUACAGUGCCGAGCUCCCACCCAGCAGCCUCCGCGAACCCAUGCCUUUCACUGUUGGAGAUAACAACACCUACAAUGGCUACUGGAAUGCACCACUGGAACCCAAGAAGGGCUACAACAUCUACUUUCAAGCUAUGAGCAAAUUCAAAAGGGAAACAAAGACAAACUGCAUACUAAUUGCCAAAAAAGCAGCUGCUUGCAAGGAAAAUAAGGAAAGCCAAGAGACUACACAACAUUCUGAUGAAAUGGGUUUGACCCUUGGUAUCUGUGCUGGAAGCCUGGCAGCAUUUAUCCUGAUUCUUGGUACCACCUUUUUGUUAGUCAAGAAAGGGAAACCCACCCGAAUUAAAAAGACUGUGAAAAGCUCCCGCCAUGAUAGAACUCACAUGAUGAAUGCCAUGGACAGGAGCUUCACUGACCAGAGCACCCUGCAGGAGGACGAGAAACUUGAGACUUCUUUCAUUGGGACAUACAACUGCAGCACCAGAUGUAAGCCGUCUCAGAAGGAUGAACAGCACAAUAUGAUGAAUGAAUCAAGCAGCUUGUUAGGAAGCUCCUCUCUGAGCCCUCGUGGUCGAGCUGGCUCUCCUUACCAGACUGGCCAGCUGCACCCUGCAGUCCGAGUAGCUGACCUCCUACAGCACAUUAACCAAAUGAAGACAGCAGAGGGCUAUGGCUUCAAGCAAGAGUAUGAGAGCUUCUUUGAGGGUCAAGUUUCAUCUCGGGAAAUGUCAAAGAAGAAAGAAAACCGUUCUAAAAGUCGACAUGAAAACAUCAUUUCCUAUGAUUGUCAUCGGGUCAAGUUACAUCCAUUGCUGGGAGACUCCAGUUCUGACUAUGUUAAUGUGAGCUAUAUAGAUGGCUAUCACAAAGCAAAGCACUUCAUUGCAACACAAGGACCAAAACAAGAAAUGGUGUACAACUUCUGGAGGAUGAUGUGGCAGGAGCGCUGCUCGAGUGUUGUGAUGCUUACCAAGCUGGUGGAGGUUGGGCGGGUCAAAUGCUGUAAAUACUGGCCUGAUGACACAGAGCUGUAUGGAGAUAUAAAGGUUACUCUCAUGGAAACAGAGUUUCGAGCAGAAUAUACUGUCAGAACCUUCUUUCUUGAAAGGAGAGGUUAUUCUGCCAGACAUGAAGUGCAGCAGUUUCAUUUCACAGCCUGGCCAGAACAUGGAGUUCCCUAUCAUGCGACAGGCCUCCUCGCAUUUCUUCGACGUAUCAAGAUUUCUAAUCCUCCUGACUCAGGGCCAAUAGUUGUUCACUGCAGCGCUUGUGCAGGGAGAACUGGAUGCUACAUCGUUUUGGACGUGAUGUUGGACAUGGCAGAGUGUGAAGGGGUUGUUGAUGUUUACAACUGUGUGAAGACUCUGCACUCACGGAGAAUUAACAUGAUUCAGACUGAGGAGCAGUAUAUUUUCAUUCACGAUGCUAUCUUGGAAGCCUGCCUGUGUGGUGACACCUCCAUCUCAGUCUGUGAGUUCAAAUCUACUUACAAAGAAAUGGUUAGAAUAGACCCUCAGAGUAACUCCUCACAGCUAAAAGAAGAAUUCCAGGCCCUUAAUUCAGUGACUCCCCACCUGGAUGCUGAGGAGUGCAGCAUUGCUCUCUUACCUCGGAACCAAGAGAAGAACCGUAAUAUGGACGUCCUCCCUCCUGAUAGAUGCCUUCCAUUCCUCAAUGCUGUGGAUGGUGAAAGUAAUAACUACAUCAAUGCUGCCUUGAUGGAUAGCUACAGCCAAGCAGAAGCUUUUGUGGUGACCCCACAUCCUUUGCAGAACACCACAACAGACUUUUGGAGACUUGUGUAUGACUACAAAUGUACUUCAGUAAUCAUGCUGAACCAAAUUAACCAGCUAAACUCCGCUUGGCCAUGCUUACAGUAUUGGCCAGAGAGAGGAUUUAAGCAGUAUGGGCCCAUACAAGUGGAAUUCAUCUCAUGCAUGAUGAAUGAGGAGAUGGUUAGCCGCUUAUUCCGUAUCAAGAAUUUAUCCAGGUUACAGGAAGGUCAACUGAUAAUGCAACAUUUCCAAUACCUCCGAUGGUCUCCACACAGGGAUGUUCCCGAAUCUAAGGAAUCAUUCCUAAAUCUGCUGAAGAAAAUUGAAAAAUGGUGGGCAGAAUGUGGAGAAGGACGAACAAUAGUUCACUGUUUGAAUGGAGGAGGACGCAGUGGAACACUAUGUGCCUCUAUCAUCAUCCAGGAGAUGAUUAAAUACCAAAAGAUGGUGGAUGUUUUCCAUGCAGUGAAGACAUUACGCAACAGCAAGCCAAAUAUGGUUGAAUCCCUGGAACAGUACUGCUUUUGCUAUGACAUAGCACUUGAUUACAUGGAGUUCCUGGAAAGCGGAUAGUGUGGGAUAGACCAAUUGGAGUCAAGCGUUGAACAGCUGCACUAGCCCUUUCUGUACGUUGAAUUGCGCUGGACUACAAACUUGAGAUCUACUAAUAUGACAGCUAAUGGAAACUGAAUAGAUUCAAAUAAAUAAUCUGUUUAACCCUUUGUCAUUGGGUGAGCCAAAAAACAUGUAUUCCCUGAGUGACCAAAAACCUAAAAGUGUAUUUUUGUACUUUUUUGACUAAAGCUAUCAAGAAUGCUUGGUGAUCCACAGAUUGGAUAGAAUGGACACAUCUCAUAUAGCCUUUUAACUGCAUCUGACAUGACAGUCCACAUAUGCUCUAGACAUUGAACCUUAGCCAGCGUUUCAGAUGGAAGCCAUGCAGUAGAAAAUGGGCGGAUUCUGCAAAUGACUGCAAAUCAAGACUACUGGCGCCUUACCUACAUUGGAAGAGGUCUUCAAACAUUAUUUUUGAUGAAUACCAUUAAGGGCAUGGCAGCAGGAUAAGAUGCCCAUUGAUGUCUUAUGCAGGCCUUUUAUCUCAACCAUUAAAUUCUUAAUUAUAUGUAUUACUUACAUAUACAAUGAUGGUGGGAAAUUAGGAGCUUUAAAAAAAAUCUUUCUUGAUUUUUACAUCACAGGUAAAUUAUAUCGGUCUUUCCCAUUGAGAUAAAAAUUGAUCUCACUAUCAUUUGAUGAUCUGUUUCAUUCUACACAUAAAUAUUUACAACAAAUUAUUCAUGUUUUUCUUAAUUUUUUGUGGCUUUGGUUUUGAUUCAGCAAAAUUUUUAAAAUUGUGCUGUCUAAAGGCGCCUGAUAUGUUUGCUUCAGUGAUAGCACCAAUCGUAUUUCCCUAAGAGUGAUUAUAUCAGUGCUGGAGUUUUGCUGGUGUCAUUGUUUUUGCUGUCUAAAGGCACCUGAUAUGUUUGGUUCAGUGAUAGCACCAAUCGUAUUUCCCUAAGAGUGAUUAUAUCAGUGCUGGAGUUUUGCUGGUGUCAUUGUUUUGCUGUCUAAAGGGGCCUGAUAUGUUUGCUUCAGUGAUAGCACCAAUCGUAUUUCCCUAAGAGUGACUAUAUCAGUGCUGGAGUUUUGCUGGUGUCAUUGUUUUGCUGUCUGAAGGAGCCUGAUAUGUUUGCUUCAGUGAUAGCACCAAUCGUAUUUCCCUAAGAUUGAUUAUAUCAGUGCUGGAUUUUUGCUGAUGUCUUUGUUGUGCUGUCUAAAGGGGCCUGAUAUGUUUGCAUCAGUGAUAGCACCAAUCGUAUUUCCCUAAGAGUGACUAUAUCAGUGCUGGAGUUUUGCUGAUGUCAUUGUUUUGCUGUGAAGGGGCCUGAUAUGUUUGCUUCAGUGAUAGCACCAAUCGUAUUUCCCUAAGAGUGAUUAUAUCAAUGCUGGAUUUUUGCUGAUGUCAUUGUUGAACACAUGAAAUAAAGUAAGUUAAACCCUUUGGAAUAAUCGCAACCUGUUUCAUGGUGGAUAUUGCUCCUUAAUGGAAAACAAUAAAACAUUUUAAAAUGCUUGA